AUGCUCGCGCCCUUGAUACUACUAGCCUCGGCGCCCCUGGCUGCCUUGGCCGGCGACGUUCUCCAGACCGACGGCUUUAGCUCUUGCCUGACCGGGCCCUCGGACAUCACAGUAAACAAGCUCAACAUUCAAUUCGACCGCUCCAUCAAAAAGAUCAAGUUCGAUGUAUCGGGAAGCAACAACAAGACGCAAAAGGUCAUGGCCACCCUGACCAUAGACGCAUACGGCAGAAACGUGUACAACAGGACCUUCGAUCCUUGCGACGGUGAUGUCAAGGUCGAGCAGCUGUGUCCAGUCCCCUCUGGUACCUUUAGCGCACAGGGCGAGCAGAGCAUCCCCGACAGCAUCAUGUCGCAAAUCCCCUCGAUAGCCUUCAACAUUCCAGACAUUGACAGCCAGGCCAAGCUGUUCCUCCGCUCGCUCGACGGCAACCAAGAUCUUGCCUGUAUCACGUCGCAAGUCAGCAACGGAAAAUCCCUCGCCACCGCAGGCGUGCAGUACGUUGCAGCUGGAAUUGCUGGCGCUGCUCUGGCCGUCUCGGGUGUUGCUGCCUUUGCCGGUGCUGGACAUGCUGGAGCCCCUCAGUCGAGCCCUACCUUUGGCGACGUUAUUGGAUGGUUCCAGGCCAUGGCCCUGAACGGCAUGAUGAGCGCCGACGUUCCCAACGUAUACCGCAGCUGGUCCCAAAACUUUGUUUUCAGCACCUGUCUUGUGUACUGGGAUGGCAUGCAGCACUCGAUCGACGCUUUCCGCAAAAGCACUGGUGGCAACCUUACCGAUGCGAAUGUCGAUUACCUCAAGAACGCUACGCUGGUGCACGUCAAUCAGAACCAGAGCUUGACAAAGCGUGCCCUCAAUGUGCUUUUGUGGGCUCGUGAUGAGCUGAACACUGACAUCAGCAGCAACGCCACAGCUGAUGCCGGCAGCAACAUUGACAACAAGAUCAUCAUUUACGCAAAGGACAUGAAGGGCUUCAUCCAGGAAUACACGAUUCCCGACCGCAACGCCUUCAUGACGGUCCUGCUCUGCUUUGCCAUUGUCAUCGCUGCCAUCACCGUUGGAAUCCUUCUUUUCAAGGUUAUCCUCGAGACGUGGGCCUUGUUCGGUAGCUUCCCCAAGCGUCUGACGAGCUUCCGCAAGCGAUACUGGUGGACUCUGGCCAAGACGAUUACCAACUUGAUUCUCCUGCUGUACGGUAUCUGGGUUCUGUACUGUGUCUACCAGUUCAAGAACGGAGACUCGUGGGCAGUCAAGGCGCUUGCUGGUGUUACGCUGGCCGCCUUUACUGGUGUGCUGGGUUUCUUCACGUACAGGAUUUGGAGCAUUGCCAACAAGUUCAAGAAGAUGGAAGGCAAGCCCGACAUUCUCUACGACGACAAGGACGUGUGGCGCAAGUACAGCAUCUUCUACGAAAACUACAAGAAGAGCUACUGGUGGAUCUUUGUGCCAUCAAUCGUCUUCCUGUUUGCUCGUGGCUGUGUCAUUGCCGGCGCAGAUGGCCACGGUCUUGCGCAGGCCGCCGGCCAGCUGAUUGUCGAGUCGCUGCUCCUCAUCAUGCUUCUCUGGGCCCGCCCAUAUACGCUCAAGUCGAGCAACUGGAUCAACAUCACCAUCUCGGUCAUUCGCGUCCUGUCGGUCGUGUGCAUUUUGGUCUUUGUUGAGGAGCUGGGUAUGAGCCAGACGACCAAGACUGUCACUGGUCUUGUGCUUGUCGUUGUGCAAGCAUCGCUGACUGGUGUUCUGGGUGUCCUUAUCGCCGUCAAUGCAAUCAUUGUCUGCUGCAAGGAGAACCCGCACCGCAAGAAGAGAAAGGAGGCUGAAAAGGCUCGCGACCUCGACAACCUUACCCCUCUAGAUGCGCGCAACUCGCUUCUCAUGGACCCGCAAGAGUACAAGCGUACUUCUCUUCCUGCGGCCUUUGGUCCUCGCACCGAGGGCUACGAUCGCGUGCCUCUGGCCGAGCAGCAUACUGCGUACAACGGUCAUGGUGGUCGGGCGUUUGCCGACGACCAAGGACACCUGCUGGCCGAUGCUUCGACAUUUGGCCGCACAGCGUCGCACGACCGAAACCGAAGCCGCGACAGCAGCCCAGGACCCGACGCGGAACUUGGGUACCAUCAACCACCUGGAUACGUGGCCAACGCUCCCUGGCAACCCCAUCAACAAAAGGGGCCCCAGGGUCCGUACUCGUACUAG